AGGUAUGCUUGUAUUUACUUUUUGCACUUGACAGCAGACACUUUAUCGUCUACGCGAGGAAUCGUCACACGGACUAUCUAUUACUAUUAAAAAUUUUAUAGAAAUAAAUUGUUAAGAAAGACCAGUAAUAAUCAUGUCAAACUCAGCAGAAUUCACAACAGCCGCCGAAAAAAUUAGAAAUUUAACCAAAAAGCCUUCUGAUGAUGAAUUAACUAAUAUCUAUGGUUUAUAUAAACAAGCUACAACUGGAGAUGUUAACAUCGAUCGUCCAGGAAUGUUCGACAUGAAAGGUAUUUCUUAUUUAUUUUUUAUGUGUACUAUUGAACUCAAAUGCAGACAUUGAAGGAAAUUUUAACUAUACAUCAAGUAUUAAGUGAACUAUCAUUAAUUUAUUGCAGGAAAGGUUAAAUGGGAUGCAUGGAAGGCUUGCGAAGGAAAGAGCAAAGAAGAUGCUGAGAAAGAAUACAUCGCCAAAGCUAAUGAAAUUUGUACAAAAUAUACCUAAUAUCUUCGAAAUGUAAAUUUCCUUUGAAAAGAACAAAAUAAACUUAUAAGACUUUGAGUUUAAACCAC